AUGAGUGGUUGUUCUUUUCUCGCAAAAUGGCACCGUCUCCACAAGCCGCUGAAGCUCUUGAUAUUUCUAUUGGCCUUGCUUUCAGCUCUCAGCGACGUCCUCGGGGGCUCCGAUUCGGAUAAAUCCGCCCUUCUUGAGUUCAAGGAUUCAAUUUCAGACAGUUUUGGUGUCCUGAGAAGCUGGAAUAUAGGAAACCCGGAUUACUGCUCGUGGAACGGGGUACUUUGCAGUUCGGGCUCUCGGGUCGUCGCCCUGAAUUUCACUGGUGGAGGUAAUUCCUUAUCUUGUGCUCGAAUUGCUCAAUUUCCGCUUUGUGGAUUUGGGAUUAGGCGGCCUUGUUCGGGUAGCAAUAGUAAAGUCAAACUCUCGGGUAAGCUCUCCGCUGCUGUUUCUAAGCUCAGUGAACUUAGAAUCUUAUCAUUGCCUUUCAAUGAAUUGAGUGGUGAGAUUCCUGUCAAAAUUUGGGGGAUGGAAAAGCUUGAGGUUCUUGAUCUAGAAGGGAAUUUUAUUUCGGGCUCCCUGCCGUUGAAUUUCAGCGGGUUGAAGAGUUUGAAGGUUCUUAAUUUGGGAUUCAAUGAGAUCUCAGGGGAGAUUCCUAGUUCAUUGUCAAAUUGUGUGGGCCUUCAAGUUCUGGCUUUAGCAGGGAAUCGAUUAAAUGGGUCUAUUCCCAGGUUUGUUGGUGGUUUUAGAGAUCUGACCAAGCUUUACCUGUCGUUUAACCUACUCAGUGGAUCUAUUCCCGAUGAAAUUGGAGAUAACUGUGGGAAGCUUGAACAUUUGGAGUUGUCAGGUAAUUAUUUGACUGGUGGAAUUACAAAAAUGCUCGGUAACUGUAGAAGUCUGAAAACCCUUCUGCUUUACUCCAAUAUGUUGGGGGGUUCUGUCCCGGGUGAACUUGGCAACCUGAGUCAGCUUGAAGUUCUCGACAUCUCAAGGAAUAAUUUCGGCGGCACCAUACCAUCCGAACUCGGAAACUGCACAAAAUUAUCUGUCCUUGUGUUGUCCAACUUAUGGGACCCACUUCGAAGUGUCCCGGGUCCCACCCCUGAUGAAUACAACUUUUAUGAAAGCACAAUUCCGAGCGAAAUCACUAGCCUACCGAGCCUGAGAAUGCUGUGGGGCCCACGAGCGACUCUCGGGGGACACAUUCCUGCCAGCUGGGGUUCCUGCAAGAGCCUGGAGAUGUUAAAUCUGGCGGAGAACUAUUAUGUGGGAGAAAUUCUUGAGUCAUUCAGCGGGUGCAGGAAUCUUCAUUUUCUUGAUUUGAGUUCAAACAGGCUUAGUGGGGGCAUAGACCACCAAAUUCCUGUACCAUGUAUGAGUCUCUUUGAUAUCAGCGGGAAUUAUUUUUCUGGUUCGAUACCUGAAUAUAUUUACGGUUCGUGUGCUCCUCGAACUCGGACGGUGUACGGGCGUUUGAUGUGGCCUUAUAAUCCUUCUGCUGUGUACAUAUCACAUUUUGGGUACAGUAAUCAGAUUGACUACUCUUUGCCACUUACUGAAAAUAGCGAACGUUUCCUGAUAUUACACAAUUUCGGUUCUAACAACCUCACCGGGCCAUUGCCGUCGAUGCCCAUUGCGCCAGAACGACUGGGAAAGCAAACGGUUUAUGCAUUUCUCGCCGGCAAAAACAAGCUUACUGGAAAUUUUCCCGGGCCUUUUUUCGACAAGUGUAACCAAACGGAGGGUGUAAUGGUCAACAUCAGUCACAACGAACUAUCUGGUCAGUUUCCAGCUCAUAUGGCCGCCAUUUGUGCGCCACUAAUGCUCCUCGAUGCUUCCAGCAAUCAAAUUCACGGAACACUCCCCCCUUCCAUCGGCUGCUUAAAUUCACUCCUCGUUCUCAAUCUAAGCUGGAAUUCCUUGCAUGGCCCAAUCCCGAGCAACCUCGGCCAGAUGAAGAACAUGAGACGCCUCUCCCUCGCUGGAAACAACCUUCACGGCCCAAUCCCUGCAAGCUUGGGCCAGCUGAACAAUCUCGAAGUUCUCGAACUCUCGUCAAACUCGCUCAACAACAACAAUCUUUCCGGAACCCUGCCCCUUCUCCCGAACGAAACCAGCAACGACAACAACACGAUCAAAUGCAACAACUGUCCCUCAACCUCCCUAUCCUCGUCGAGCGCCGAUCAGCAGCCGUGGGCCCCACAGUCCCCUUCACAGCACCAAAGCCCCAAAUCCGGAAACCUGAAUUCGAUCGAGAUAGCGUCCAUCACCUCAGCCGCGGCCAUUCUCUCCGUCCUCAUCGCCCUCGUCCUCCUCUUCCUCUACACCCGCCGCCGGGCUCCGCCUGCGCCGGGCCGACUCACCCGACCCAACAAGAAAGAGCUGAUCGUGUUCUCGAGCGUGGGGCCCGCCGCACUAACCUACGAAACCGUCGUCCGUGCCACGGGCUUCUUCAACGCGAGCAACUGCAUCGGCAGCGGCGGGUUCGGCGCCACGUACAAGGCCGAGGUCUCCCCCGGCGUGCUCGUGGCCGUGAAGCGCCUCGCCCUCGGCCGCUUCUUCCACGGCGCCCAGCAGUUCGACGCCGAGAUCCGGACCCUCGGCCGCCUCCGCCACCCAAACCUCGUCACCCUCGUGGGCUACCACGCGAGCGACUCCGAGAUGUUCCUCGUCUACAACUACCUCCCGGGCGGCAACUUGGAGAAAUUCAUCCACGAGCGGCCAAACCGGGCCGCCGUGGAGUGGCGGGCCUUGCACCGGAUCGCGCUCGACGUGGCGCGGGCCCUCGCGUAUUUGCACGACUCGUGCGUCCCCCGCGUGCUCCACCGCGACGUGAAGCCGAGCAACAUACUUCUCGACGAGGAGUGCAACGCGUAUUUGUCGGAUUUCGGGCUGGCGAGGCUGAUGGGGACUUCGGAGACGCACGCGACGACGGGGGUGGCGGGGACGUUCGGGUACGUGGCGCCAGAGUACGCGAUGACGUGUCGGGUUUCGGAUAAGGCAGAUGUUUAUAGCUAUGGGGUGGUGUUGCUCGAGCUGCUGUCGGACAAGAAGGCGCUGGACCCGUCGUUUUCGAAUUAUGGGAAUGGGUUUAAUAUCGUGGGGUGGGCGUGCAUGCUGCUGAGGCAGGGGAGGGCGAGGGAGUUUUUCGCGGCUGGGUUGUGGGAAGUGGGCCCACAUGAUGACUUGGUGGAGGUGCUGCAUUUGGCGGUGGUGUGCACGGUGGACUCGCUGUCGACGAGGCCUAGGUGUUGA